UUAUUCACAUCUACCGCUCAGUCGCAAUGGCGAAUCCAGACAGUGAGGCUGUUCCGUUCAGGCACACUUUAGUCAAACACAAUGUGAUCAAAUUUGGAUAUAUGCACUUAGCUGCAUUAUACGGAGUUUAUUUGUGCUUCACAUCAGCUAAGUGGCCAACGUUACUAUGGGCAUUCUUACUUCUGGAGUGCGCCAAAAUCGGGAUCACGGCUGGGGCCCAUCGUCUGUGGUGUCAUCGCUCGUACAAAGCCAAGCUGCCUUUGGAAAUUCUUCUCCUCAUUUUCAACAGCAUUGCAUACAUGAACACUGCGACGUAUUGGGUCAGAGAUCACCGUGUACAUCACAAAUUUGCCGAUACCGAUGCUGACCCCCACAACGUGAAUCGAGGAUUCUGGUUUUCGCAAAUAGGAUGGCUGUUCGUGCGGAAACAUCCUGACGUCCUCAACAAAGGUCAAACAGUUUACAUGGAAGACAUCCACAAGAACCCAUUGCUGCGGUUUCAGAAGAAAUAUGCCUUCUUCGUGAUUGGAUUGUGGGCUUACGUUAUCCCCACGGUCGUGCCGAUGUACUUCUGGGGCGAAUCCUUCAACAAUUCCUGGCAUAUUUGCACAAUGCUCCGCCACGUCCUAACCAUCAAUCAAAUUUUCUUAGUGAACAGUAUCGGCCACUCGUGGGGUAAUAAGCCUUAUGAUAAGAACAUUAGGGCAGUUGAAAACAUUGCCGUUUCGUUGAUGUCGACGGGCGAAUGUUUCCAUAAUUAUCAUCAUGUGUUUCCGUUUGACUACAAAGCGUCUGAGCUCGGAAUGACCAAGUUUAACGCGGCGACUAUGUUCAUCAAUUUCUUCGCCUGGCUCGGAUGGGCUUAUGACUUGAAGACUAUCCCAGAUGAACUGAUUAUUGCGCGAUCGAAGAGAACUGGUGAUGGAAGAAACCUAUGGGGCUGGGGUGACACCGACCAGACUGAAGAAGAAACUAACGGUGUUAAAUAUUUGUAUCAGAAAGGAGAAUGAUUGUAACUAAAUAUUUUAUUCGAAAAUAAACGUAUUACUUUAGUCA